GAAUAUCUCACUUCGAACGUCCAACCUCGGUGUUGAACGACAUCCAUCAUCAAUCAUCCAUCCAUUCAUUUCUGCAAUUCGCAAUAUGUAACGAAACAAUAUCCAUUCAAGAUGCCGAGUAAACAGCGUACCUUCGAAUUGGUGGACGCGCCAAAGGUCCACCGACCAAUGACCAGCAAACAAGCAAAAAAAGCAUAUCAAAAAGCAAAUCGAACGCCACGAAUAACGAAAGCCGAACAAAAGCGACGAGACGCCGAAGAACUUGCGAAGCAUAGAAAAGCACAUGAAAAAGAACAAGCAGCUGCGAAAGCAAAAGCGGCGAGAGAUAAGAAAGCAGCAAAAGCAUUAGAGCAGAAAGAAGAGAGGAAGAAACGGGGAAUACCUGAACCCAACAGACAUGUUCGCCCAAGUCAGUCGAGGAUUUCUCUGUUUUUGAAUCAGGGAACCAAGAGAAUUCGGGAGACAUCAAAUACAGGCGAAGAGUCCGAAGGUACUAUGUGCGAUGAUUUGGAUGGACCACCCGCAAAACGAGUUGCGCAUGAGAUUUCCGAGGACGACAAGGAUGAGGUCGAGGAGGGGGGCGAGAAUGAAUAUGAAGAUGAAGUCUUGUCGAAACAAAUCAAGCAUCGCAAUUUCGAGUACGAAGAUGAACCGCAGAAGGAACAACUUACAGAUAAAAAGAACAAUGAUAAAAUGGCCAUUUUGGGGUCGCCAAUUCCAUUAGAAGAUUCCGAUGACGAAUUUGGAGAUUUUCCGCCCCUGUCAGAGAACGACAUUUCAUUGUUGGACACUAGCUCUAUGCAUUCCACUCCAAUAAAUACGAAUCUAGGUAGACCCAGAUCUGCAGGCCUGACAAGACCCCCGUUUCGAAAACCUACCGCCCCAUUCAACAAUGAGCAAGAGCUACCACCAAUGAAGAAUUUUGAAAGGGAGAAAAACUCGCCCGAUGAUCCAUUUGAACUAGAGGACAUGCUUGAUUCUCAAAUACGCUCCGAAGCAGCGGAUGCAGUUUGCAAGUCAGAUAGUAAACAAGCACUCUCGAUUCACAAAGAAAUCAGUAGAGACAACACAAAACCUACAACUCCCACGUCCAACAGUUCUGUAAAGGAUAUUGCGGGGGAACGAGAACUUCUUUGGCAUGCGCCUAUUCACGCCAGAAACAUAUCAAUCUCCCAAUCCAUACAUACCAAACCGCCAUUACGUCUUCCCAGGGGUUCAUCAACUAAAGCGACUCACGAAAAGCAAAACAGUCCACACUCGCGUAGUUUAGCUCAUGAUCCUCUACAGAAUUCUCCUUCCAAUUUGAAUUGUGAUGCAGUUUCAGUGCCAGAAACAAAUGUGUGCCUCAAUUCUAGGCCGUUAGAUAGAAACCCAGCCCCCACGAAGAAAUCACUGGGUGCUGCUCCGGCUAUGUCAAACAAUGCUACUGGCAUUGAAUCUGAGAUUCCAGUCCCUCAUUCAACCGAUUCGGGUCAGCAGGGCUGGCAAGAGGGAUUAGUCCAUUCUCUUGUGCCCAGAUCCCAACAUUUUAAACGAGAACCGGCUCAAAAAUCAUCUGCUCAAGCCCCUACAUCCAGUUAUAUACGCCCCGCACUUCAAGAAAGGUCUAUCAACAUGGGUCCUCCAGCUCUUCCACAGAAAAGCAAACUUGGAACGGCCCCUGUUGCUCCAGUCAACACCAGGAAAACAACCGACGCUUAUAGUCUUCCACCCUCCACACAAGCAUUUCUUGAAUCUCAUCUUGACGACUUUUUUCCUAGUGCAACUCAAGAAGCUAGAGAACUAUGUGAAGAAUCCAUUACAUCCCACUCUUUCACAGACUCGAGUAGAAACUCUGCUCACAAAGGGGACCAAGAAAACCUCGGAAUUGUGAAGGAUAAUGUUCCUACAACUUCUGAUGAUGAAUUUGGAGGCAUGUUAUCCACUCAGGAACUCAAAAUGUUUUCGCAGGAUUGGGAAAUUUCCGAUUCAACGCCCCAAAAAGAAAAAGAAAGGGGAAACACCAUUGAUGCCCACAAGGAGAUAUCAGCAGGAAUAGAGGAUCUACAAAACUUUCUUUGUGGCCAAGAUUCAAUUUUCUCGAGUUUAGAGCCGCCUGGACUGGAGGAUAUGCCGAAAACCAAAUCACUGAUGGCAAGUCCCUCACAGCUGUCACAAGCUCAAAUAUCCACUUUUAACCACCAUCAAGGACAACCAGCAAUAUUGCAGAGUAAGUUGGCUGAGCCAAGUACUACACAGAUUGAUCCAGAAAUGGAACUCACGCUCAAACCGAAAAGAUCACCUUGGUUCAAGGAAAAACCGGAAGACAAGUUUACGAAGAAGAGAUUUUUCACCGAGAAACCAGAAGAUUUAGAAGCUGCUGCUUUAGCAGAGAGUAAGAAAGCAUGGGAUGAAAUCAAAGAGGCGACUUCAUCUAACAGGCAUAAUUUUGAUGAUGAUCUUGAGCCUGAACUAGAUGGACAGCUUAAAGCUGCGCUUGCUGAAAGUAAGGAGUGGGAUGAGGUAUACAAAGCGGUACUUUCUACACCUACACCGAAAAAUACUGGUGAGAAGGGCAGAGGUAAGAUGGAUGUUGAGGUGGAUGUUGAGGUAGAAUUUAAAACACCGUCACGAAUCAUAGAUGGGCAGAAGGUAGCGGGUGCUAUCACGAACGAAACACAGCGGUUCAAAAGAGCAGCUAGUGUUGCUAGUACCGAUUAUGGUGAUGGAGAGGUUUCCGAUUGGGACGAUGUCUUGCAUGGACUUUGACAAACGUAUCAGAAAACGUUUAAUAUAUUAGGAAAUAUUCACGACUCAUGGGUAUUGACAGCAUUAUGGUUUGGAAUGGGUAUGGGAUUAGAUAUGCCUAUACAUAUGGACUUAUUUGAGUUUUGAUAUUGAUAUUAGCAUGGAUAUAUAUUCCAUAUUCGGGUGUUAUAUGUUAUUGGAUUUGAGCAUGCAUAGGAGGAUUGGAUUAUUUUUUCGAUUGGCGUCAUGGGAAUAUGGCGGGAUUUUCGUUUUCAUUUGUUAGUAGUGGGUGAUUUGGAGAGGCAUAGGUCCCAACUCAGGCUUUCUGUUGCAUUCUUUUUUUGUGGCUGUAUUGCAUAUAGAUCAUGUUUUCUUCAAACGGGAUCGGGCGUCAUGGGAUGUUUUAGUCAUCAAGAGACUUGCAUGUUUCAGCAUAGCGAUAUAGAUGAGACAUUUGAUACCCAAAGAUUUUGUUUCCUAGGUGAUAUUAGAUGAUAAAUUGUUGCCUGCCUUUUAUAACA